UUAUAUGUGUCACUCAUAAAUGAGAAGUGAUCAGAGUUAGCAGAGCAGUUGAACCAAAAAUGAAGCAACAGGCUUGGAACUCUGGAGCCCUUCUCGUUGUAAUUCUGCUUGGGGCAGUGUCCUUCACAUUGAGUGAUCCCUUCAUAUCAAUAGUGUCAAAGAGAGAGUCGGCUACCCUGUACUGUAAUGAAUCACUUCCUGCAGGAUCACAGGCCCAGUGGACAAGGAGAGGGGUCAGUGGGGAGAAAUGUGUGAUUGUGACCAGACAGGAGGAUGGAAGAGUUGUUAAAGAAAUAAAAGAUCUACAGAAUCGGUUUCAAAUAGAUGACCGCUUUAACAUUCGUAUUGAGAGAGUUGAUCUUGGAGACCUUGGAACCUAUGAGUGUGGAGGACGUGAAACAAGUUUAAUAGUACUGCAAGAUCCCGCCAGUCACACAGUGUCAGAGGGAGAGUCAGUAACCCUGCACUGUGGUGACUCGGCAGAUCUAGCAGGGGCAGGGAGUGUCAGAUGGAAGCAGGUUAAUGGAGGCACUGGUCAUUCUAUUCUGUACAAAGAUCCAGCAGGAAAAACUGUAACACAAGUAAAUGAUCCAGACCAUCGAUAUGAACUUAGACCAGACUCAUCCCUUUACAUAAUUAAAGUAAAAUCAGCAGACUCUGGGAGAUAUGAAUGUAAUGGGAUCCAUGUGGCUGAUUUAAAGGUGCUGACUGCUACUUCAACAACAACUACUGCAAAAACAACAAAACUAACAGAAAGUACACCGAACAGUGAAUCAACCACAAAUGUUGCCCUAUUCACUGCUGUGGGUAUUAUCAUACCAAUUCUGGCAGCUGCAAUAUUCAUCUUCUUUUGGAAAAGAAGAUCAAUGACAAAAGAAAGUCAAGACAACACAGAUCAUGUUUAUGAAACCGUGAAGGAGCCAACAACAGCCAAAAACAACUUCCAGGACUGCAAAGAACAUGCAUAUUACUCAGUUAUCCAGGAACCAAACUCUCUCCAAAACAAUCCUCAGACCUCUAAAGAAUCUCAGUAUGCACUGGUGCAGCUGUCAAAUGUUGACAAAAACAACUACCAGGACUGCAAAGAACAUGUAUAUUACUCUGUUAUCCAGGAACCAAACGCUCUUCAAAACAAUCCUCACACCUCUAAAGAAUCUCAGUAUGCACUGGUGCAGCUGUCAAAAGUUGAGGAAAACAGUGACCAGGAUAAAAAGGAAACGGAAUACUCACUUUUGCAUGCCCCCAAAGCAACAGACUGCAAAUCUCAAAACAGUAAGGAACCCGAGUAUGAACUUGUGAAAGCACCAAAGGAAAAACUCGAAUCUCAAGACAUUAAAGAAUCUGAAUAUGCCCUUGUGCAAGCACCAAAGGAUGUCAAAUGAGAGUGAAGAGGAUCCCAUAUCUAGUUCUAAUAGACUCUGAACAGAGAAAACAAAGUUGCCUAUUGUCUAUUGAUUCAAACACAGCUACAAGAGAGAGAGAAGAUGAUACAAUACCCUUUAAACUGCUUCCAUCACCUCAUCUUUAUCCUGAUUUGCAUUUAUUUAUUUAAAGUUAUGAAUGUGAUAGUUUAUGAUUUCAUAUUGUAAUGCACUGCUAUAUACAGUGAAGUCAUUUUGUAAAUUAAGUACACCAUGUAAAUGUUUCAGUGUGAUUAAAUGUCAUAUCUUA